AUGCCAAAGUCGAAGAAGUCCAAGACUACGGCGGAUGCCGCGCCUUCAGCCACAACUGCAAGCAAGUUAACUGCCAGAGAAGAAACGGUCGAUCCUGCGCUUGCUUCUCUGUUUGCUUCAAGCUCUGGACCAAUCAAGGUACCGCCGAGCACUGUGACCUCAGCGAAACCUGCCCCUUCGCAUGUACGGGCUAAUCCCGAAGACGAAACAUCCUCGUCUGGCUCCAAUGCCUCCGAAGAGAGUGACAGUGAGAAUGACGCGGAAGAUUCAGACGAAUCCUCUGAAGAUCAGGCACUGCCGUUCAAAAAAGAAGCCCGAGAUAGUGUUGAGAGGCCUCGCAAACGCAAACGUGCCGUCGAUGAGGACGAUCUGGAGCAGGCAUAUUUUAAGCGACUAGAGUUAGAAGAGGAUAGAGAAAACCGCAAGAAACAACCGGAGCGCAAAAUUGACAACGCCGAAGGAAGCUCGAGUGAAGACAACGCAUCCUCCUCCGACUCUGAUGAUAGUUUACUCAGCGAGCCCUCGGAGGUCGAAGUUCCCCCAAAACAUGAGAUCUUUGACCAAAAGCUGAAGGAUCAGGACAAGCUGAAGAGAACCGUGUUCCUGGGAAAUGUAUCCACUCAAGCUAUCAAAACUAAGACAGCAAAGAGAGCAUUGACCAGACAUUUACGCUCCGUGCUGAAGACACCGCUUCAUGGAAAGAGACCAGGAAAACUCGAAUCUGUCCGAUUCCGCUCUACCGCAUAUGCAUCGGGGCAAGGUCCUAAGAAAGCCACGUACGCCAAAAAGGAGCUCAUGGACGCAACCACGAUCAGCACAAAUGCCUAUGCAGUCUUCACCACGGAUAUUGCUGCUGAGCGAGUGGCAGAGAAACUCAAUGGCACUAUUGUUCUUGAUCGGCAUUUAAGAGUCGAUUAUCUUGCCAAACCCUCGGCGAUUGACCACAAACGUUGUGUCUUCAUUGGGAACUUGAGUUUUGUUAACGAAGAAGCACCUUCUGGAAGUGCAGAUGACGAGGAAGGCCUUCAAAAGAAACGACGGCCGACUGCGAAACAGCCCGCAGAUGCUGAAGAAGGUCUGUGGCGAACGUUCAGCAAAGUUGGGAAGGUUGAAAGCGUACGUGUGGUACGAGACCAAGAGACCCGAGUGGGUAAAGGAUUCGCAUACGUGCAAUUCAAGGACGAGAACAGCGUGGAGGCUGCACUGCUCAUGAACGACAAGAAAUUCCCCCCGAUGUUGCCGAGAAAACUACGUGUGAUGCGGGCUAGGAAGAUGAAGAUCAAGCGCCCUACGUUCGCACCGCGAGCAAACUCUGCCCAGGACAGGAAUAAAGGGCGCAGGGACGGUAUGUCUGCGGCCGAAGGGAGAGACGGGAAGCCGAAACAACCAUUGGUCUUCGAAGGCCACCGUGCAAUAAGCACAGUUCCCAACGCCAAAGGAAAGGCGGGUGAUGUGGCCAGCUCAGAGAGAAACCGGGAUCGGAAGAGGAAAAGGCCGGAUUCGAAGAGCGCUCAGAGAAGUGCCCAGUACAAGGCGGCCAAGGCGAGGAGGCAAAAGCUAGGAGGGAAAUGA